AUGCGAAACGCCGUUGGCACCACACAGGAGGGGCUCACCGAAUUUCUUCAGCAGCACCCAUCCCUCUUCACCCUUGAGGGAGAUCAGGUGAUAUUGAAUGGAUUCGGUGAUAUAACAGCCAAGAACAAUCCCCUUCUACAAUCCGCAUCUCGUAAUCGCGACUAUGAAAAAGAGGCUGUGGAGUUCUUUGUCAUGAAGCUUACAAAAUUCGGACCGGAAUUGCAGGUGAAUCUUUUAUUUUUUGGUUUGCUACCAAAUCAGCUGAAUGAGUAG